AUGGAUCAAGACGACCUUUUCGAUGUCUUUGACGAAAAGAAUACCGAUCUCGCCCUUCCAGAAGAGGUAGCGGACGUGGCUGAAACUAAUUCUAGUGUCCAGGAAUCAAAGUCGGCCGAUACCGACUCGAAGAAACGUCCUUUGGACAGUGAAAGCAAUGAAACUGCUAGAACAGACCCUGAAGAUAAUGGUGAUGUAGCUCAGGAGGUUAAUAAACGGACCAAGGGUGGUAAGAAGCUAUUGGAUAAGAAGAAAAAGUCUGAUGUUGUUCCUGUUGUUGCAGACUCCUUCGAGCAAGAAGCAUCUCGUGAGGUUAAUGCAUCCAAUGGACUUGGGGCUGGAGACGUUUCCAAUCUCGAAGAAGACGGAAAAGUGAAGCUUUCGCAUCAGGUAAGACAUCAAGUUGCUUUACCGCCGAACUAUAAUUACCUCCCCAUUGGUGAGCACAAACGCAGCAACGAAGCCAGAACGUAUCCAUUUACUUUAGAUCCCUUCCAGGAUACUGCUAUAUCCUGUAUCGAUAGAGGAGAGUCCGUUUUGGUGUCGGCUCACACUUCUGCAGGUAAAACUGUAGUUGCCGAAUAUGCCAUAGCGCAGUCUAUGCGUGAAAAACAAAGAGUCAUCUACACAUCUCCUAUCAAGGCUCUUUCUAACCAAAAGUAUAGAGAACUACUUGCCGAUUUUGGAGACGUUGGUCUCAUGACGGGUGAUAUAACAAUCAAUCCGGACGCAGGAUGUUUAGUAAUGACAACUGAAAUUCUGAGAAGCAUGCUAUACAGAGGCAGUGAAGUGAUGAGAGAGGUCGCAUGGGUGGUCUUUGACGAAGUGCACUACAUGAGAGAUAAAGAGCGUGGUGUUGUAUGGGAAGAAACUAUAAUUCUUUUACCAGAUAAGGUUAGAUAUGUUUUCCUUUCCGCCACAAUACCCAACGCCAUGGAAUUCGCAGAGUGGAUUUGCAAAAUUCAUUCCCAACCAUGCCAUAUUGUUUACACAGACUUCCGGCCCACUCCACUCCAACACUAUCUUUUCCCUGCGCAUGGUGAUGGUAUCCACUUGGUUGUAGAUGAGAAAAGCACAUUCAGAGAAGAGAACUUUCAAAAAGCCAUGGCAUCCAUAAGCAACCAGAUAGGUGACAGUUCGGAUUCUAUUAACUCGAGAGGAAAGAAGGGCCAAACUUUCAAAGGUGGAUCGCCAAAAUCCGACUCCAAAGGUGACAUUUACAAGAUUGUCAGAAUGAUAUGGAAGAAAAAGUACAACCCAGUCAUUGUCUUUUCUUUCAGCAAAAGAGACUGCGAGGAGCUCGCCUUGAAAAUGUCUAAGUUAGACUUCAAUACCGAGGAGGAAAAAGAUGCUUUGACGAAAAUUUUCAGUAAUGCUAUUGAUUUACUACCAGAAAUUGAUCGUGAUCUGCCACAGAUCAAGCAUAUUCUUCCACUUUUGAGGAGAGGGAUUGGUAUUCACCACUCCGGGCUUUUGCCGAUUUUGAAGGAAGUUAUUGAAAUUCUCUUCCAAGAAGGUUUCCUAAAGGUUUUAUUUGCUACUGAGACUUUCUCCAUUGGACUGAAUAUGCCUGCUAAAACUGUUGUGUUCACUAGUGUGAGGAAGUGGGAUGGUAAACAAUUCCGUUGGGUCUCUGGUGGUGAAUAUAUUCAAAUGUCUGGACGUGCAGGACGUCGUGGUUUAGAUGACCGUGGUAUAGUCAUUAUGAUGAUCGACGAGAAAAUGGAACCACAAGUUGCCAAAGGAAUGGUCAAAGGUCAAGCUGAUAGGCUCGACUCCGCUUUCCAUUUGGGAUACAACAUGAUUUUGAACCUCAUGAGAGUUGAGGGUAUAUCACCAGAAUUCAUGUUGGAGCACUCGUUCUUCCAAUUUCAGAACGUUACCUCUGUGCCCAUCAUGGAAAAGAAACUCAUCGAAUUGACCAAAAAAGCAGACCAAAUCGUUAUCGAGGACGAGCAGAAUAUCAAGGACUAUCACGAAAUUCAAAAGACUUUGAACGAUUAUGCGGAAGACAUUUGCCAUAUAAUAACGCAUCCCGCCAAUGUUUUGAGCUUUCUACAACCCGGUCGACUAAUAGAGGUGGAGAUUGAAGGUAAGGUGAAUUACGGAUGGGGUGCGGUGGUUGAUUUUGCCAAAAGAACAAACAAGCGUGAUCCUAUGGCUACGUAUACGGAUCAUGAAUCCUACAUCGUAAAUGUCAUUGUCAACUCAAUGUACGCCGACGCUCCGGUGAAUCUGAUCAAGCCCUUCAACCCAUCGUUUCCCGAAGGAAUUAGACCAGCCAAUGCCGGCGAGAAAUCUAUUUCUGCAAUUUUGCCAAUCACCUUAAGCUCCAUCAAGAGCGUGGGAAAUCUGAGACUUUACAUGCCAAGUGACAUUCGUGCAAGCGGCCAACGAGAUGUUGUAGGGAAAUCUCUGAAAGAAGUCAAGCGCAGAUUUCCCGAUGCUGUUCCACUUAUUGAUCCUAUCAAGAAUAUGAAGAUCGAAGACGAUGAUUUCAAAAAGCUACUUCAAAAAAGUGCAGUCCUGAAGUCAAAACAAGAAUCGAAUCCACUCGCGGGAUCCGUCAAGCUAGACGACAUGUAUCGCAAGUAUAGCGAGAAAUCCGACUUGAUCAACGAGGUCAAGAAACUAACAAAACAAAUAAGUGAAGCGCAAGCAGUAAUUCAACUGGAUGAUUUGCGUCGUCGCAAGAGGGUGUUGCGUCGUCUUGGCUUCUCAACUCAGAGCGACGUAAUUGAACUCAAAGGAAGGGUCGCAUGUGAAAUAUCAAGUGGUGAUGAGCUGCUCUUGACAGAGCUUAUAUUUAAUGGUAAUUUCAAUGAACUAACGCCGGAACAAGCAGCUGCAUUAUUGUCCUGUUUUGCUUUCCAGGAGCGCUGUAAAGAAUCGCCAAGAUUAAAGCCCGAGCUCGCCGAACCUUUGAAAAACAUGAGAGAGGUUGCUGCCAAGAUCGCAAAGAUCGUUAAAGAUUCCAAGAUUGAGAUUGUUGAGAAGGACUACGUGGAAAGCUUUAGGCAUGAACUAAUGGAGGUUGUCUACGAAUGGUGCAAAGGUGCCACGUUCACUCAAAUUUGCAAAAUGACAGAUGUUUACGAAGGUUCUCUGAUAAGAAUGUUUAAGCGUCUGGAGGAAUUGAUCAAGGAGCUAGCAGAUGUGGCUAAUACCAUUGGUAAUGCUACUCUUAAAGAGAAGAUGGAAUCUGCUCUAACCUUGAUUCAUAGAGACAUCGUAUCAGCAGGUUCGUUGUACUUGUAG